AUAUAAAAGUUUGAUUGAAAAUCCAUCUUGAUCACUCAAUAUUGAUUGACAAAUUAUCAUUACAAAAACAAACAAACAAACAAAACAAAAAUUCUGAAAAACAAUGAAAUUUUUAAUCUAUUCAUUGGCAAUCGUUGCUUCAGCAUUUCUUGUUUUCGGUUUCGAAAUCGAAAGCGGACAAUAUGAAAUUGCUGAUGCAUUGAUUAAACAUUCUGAUACGUUAAAAAACUGUACCGAAAACUAUAUACUAAAAUAUCUAAAUCAUUCUGAAGAAGAUUCCAAUGUAAAACAUUUAAAAAUUGAUAUACAUCUUGUUGAUGUUGUUUCAAAUGAACUUUAUGACAUGUUAUUUCAUAUGAAAAAUGAAAAUAUAACCGAACAUCAAUUAAGUCAUUUUCUUUUAUUAAAAUUGGAAUUAUUGGUUUAUGGAAAUCGAGUGGAAAAGGAAAUUUAUCAUUUAGAACAUUCAAAUGAAAAUUUAACUACUAAUAAUGAUUUUGAUCUUGAAAUCAAAAAUGAACGAUAUGAAAUAGCUGAUUUAUUGCUUAAACAUGCUGAUAUGUUGAAAGAAAUGGCGGAAAAAGAUAUUCAAAAAUAUCAAAAUUUUCCCGAAGAUCAUUCAUCAAUCAUAUAUUUGAAAUAUGAUAUACAACGUAUUGAACAUUUUUAUGAUUAUGUUCAUAAUAAUUCUCGUAUGGAAAACAUUGAUGAAGAUGUAUUACAUCAUUUUCAUUAUAUGGAAAAAGAAUUAUUAACAUUGGAAAAUCGAAUUGAAAAAGAAAUUUUUCAUUUGGAAUAUCAUCAUCAUCAUCGACAACAUGAAAUCAUCGCUGGUGAUAAAGAUGCUUUAUCAAUUUAA